CGUUACGCGCGACCACUUACCUACUGGCGUGCCCGCCGAACGCAUACGUGCUAGGGAAAUUUAAGAAAAAAAAUCAAAGCUUUGACUGCGCAUGGUGUGGUCGGUUGCAUCGGAUGUGAGGACAGUGCAUUGGAACCUUUGACUCCUCGGAAUGUGGAGGGCAGGCUGCUGAGGUUGCCGUGGAAGACAGUGACUACGACUUGUGACCCUCUCUUUCUUCAGUUACAACACGAUGAUUCUUUUAAAGAUCGCACCAGUGUUCUUUCUCGUCCUCCUCGUCGGAGCGGAGAAGAAAAUUGAACUGCAAGACAUCGAGGAAGAUAACCUUAAAAGCGAGAAAGAAGCAAAUUACGACAACGAAUCGUCCGAAGAUUCCGAUGAUGUUGGACGCUUCGAAUAUUUGAAGAAAGGACUCUUGCGGUACUUCAAAACCCCCAAUCCUACGGCAGCGUCUCCCCAGCGCUACGUCCACCAGUACGCCGUAACUGAAACUCAAGAAAGAUCUGCCGUUACGCCCGCACCUCUGUAUAGCCAGCCAGGGGCGCAGCAAGCCAUGGUAGGCUAUCUAUCUAAUGUACCGAUGCAAAUUUAUUUAGUUCCACAGCAAUAUAGCGGAUCACCCGGCACCACAAAGAACUCUCACCACGGGCCACAAUAUUUGGGACAGAACGUUAACCAAAUUGCACAUUAUUCAACUCAUGAAGGGGAACAACCGGCACACGUAUCGCCGAGUGUGAAGGAACACGUUCCGCCUUACUCGCCUCCUGUCACCUACGUGUCAUUUUCAUUGCAGCCGACUGCGCCUCCAGCCGUUGCGGCUGCGAACGCUGCCUCUUAUCAGGAGCCUCUCGUUCAAUACCAAUCUGCCCUAGUACCGCCUCCUACACCUGCAUCUAGUUCUCACCAUUUAAUAACAAAAGCGUAUUAUUCACAUGACUUAAAUCCUCAAGGACAGGGUGAAGACGACCCGCAAAAUGUUGUUGAAAGUCAAAAUUAUUAUCAUCCUCAAACUGAUGGUCCUUACAUCGAGUCUCAAUCUCAAGAUGUUCAUCAUUAUUACAACCAAAGGACACCUCUCCGUGUGAAUAGCAAUUCCGAGUUACCCCAUCCAAGUCCGCUUCUCUUAAAACCUCCACCAUCACACCUGUCCCACAUUCCGAAAGCUUUGCCGAUACAUCGUCCCUGGAGUAAGCCUGUCUAUAAUAGUGGACGACUUGGAAUAGGUAGCAUUGCUCCCAAGGCCAUUGAAACAUAUGGCCCUAUGUUUAAAAGAAGACCGACAUCUUUACUUGAUUCCUAUGUCCCAUCGAGUCUCCAAAUUGAAUACUUAAAGAGAGGUAUUAUAAAAGAUCCAUUGGUGGCGUACGAGGCGUUAUCAAAUGGUUUCAAUUUAGAUCAUUUGGAGCCAAAUCCUAGAUAUUACGAAACUGGUUUCUUGCCGAAUCAAGUAUUCCAUACGGCUGGAGGAGGUUCAUUUUAUGGACAUUAUAAGAGAUCACCAAAAGACAAAAGAUCAGGAAGUUAGUUUCUUACUAUCAAAUGUGAUCAAGUCAUAACAAUUGAAUAAAUUUUAUUUACUCUAUUUAAAGUCUGAAAUACAUUCUAAUGUAGGAUAUCAAAAAUGUUAACUUAGCAUCUGGACAUGAUUGAACGAUAGAAUUGCUUUAAUUUAAGUUAAGGUUAUGUACAUAAUAAUAGGAAAAGAGUUUUAUUGGAGUACAAAUUAAAUGUACGAUCCUUUAAGGCUUAUUGUUAUUCUAUGUUAGUAUUAGAUAAAAAUGUAAUUGUAUGUUAAUCGUUAAAAAUAAAAAUAUUUUAAAU